CCGAUAAUCAUGGGCCCAAACUAACCCACCGGCACAACCUUUGCCAACAACCGGCAGUUACACCUUCCCUUACCUAAUCCCGUCACUGCCGCCACCGCCUCAGUCACCACCAGCUGCUCCGCUCUCAAAUAUCUUUCUUACUAACUUAAAACUACUUGUUAUGCCUGUUUUUUAAUGGCGAUAACUGCUGCCACUGCCUGAUGUUUCGCACACUGAAAAAGCCCUUCGAAUUGAACCAAUCGCAAAUUUCGCAGUCAAUUAAGUCUUAUAUCAGUAACGGCAAUGCCUUCGCCGCCGAGAAGCUUCUCAGUUUACAACGGGAGAAAGGACAACGAACUGGAGGAGGAGGAGGAAGAGAGCAAGUGCGGGUUUCUUAUCGUAGCUUUAUGCCCUUGUCUGGUUUGUUUAAUUAUUCUACUUAUUAUAGUGUCAAUCAUUCUCAUUAUCAAGUUCCAUUUCUUUUGCCAUACUCCUCUUCACUCCAUUAUUUACAAGAAUUACCACUGCCAUUAGCUUUUAGAGGUUUUUCUAGUGAUACUGAAUUUAGUUAUGAUGAUGACGAUAAUCACGAGGAUGAUGAUAAAUGUGAAAGUAUUGGUGAAGAUGUUAGUUCUAAUGCGGAUCCUGUGGAGGUUGACAGAGUGUGCAAGGUGAUCAAUGAAUUGUUCGCGUUAGAUCGCAACAUGGAGGCUGUUCUUGAUGAAUGUGGAAUCGUUUUGUCGCAUGAUUUAGUGAUUGAUGUGUUGGAGAGAUUCCGUCAUGCUCGAAAACCGGCGUUUCGGUUCUUCUGUUGGGCAGGGCAAAAGCAGGGUUUUGUGCAUGACCCGAGGACUUAUAAUUCGAUGAUGAGGAUACUUGCGAAGACCAGACAGUUUGAGACGAUGGUUUCGAUGCUGGAAGAAAUGGGGGAGAAAGGGGUUUUGACGAUGGACGCGUUUAUGAUUGCUAUGAGAGCCUUUGCUGCUGCUAAGGAGAGGAAAAAGGCUGUUGGGAUGUUUGAGUUAAUGAAGAAGCAUAAAUAUAAAGUUGGUGUUGAGAUUAUCAAUUCUUUGCUCGAUAGUCUUGGUAGAGCUAAGCUUGGAAAGGAAGCUCAAACGAUUUUCGGGAAGUUAGAAGGGAGGUUUACGCCGAAUUUGAGGACUUACACGGUAUUGCUUAACGGUUGGUGUACUGUGAAGAAUCUGAUGGAGGCAGGAAGGGUUUGGAAUGAAAUGAUCGAUAAGGGGUUUAAGCCGGAUAUUAUUGCACAUAAUAUUAUGUUUGAAGGGCUGUUAAGGAGUAAGCAAAGGUCUGAUGCUAUGAAAUUGUUUAUGCUCAUGAAGGCUAAGGGCCCAAUGCCUGAUGUUCACAGCUAUACAGUUUUGAUUCGUUAUCUAUGCAAGCAAUCGAAGAUGGAUGAAGCAGUCGAAUAUUUUGAGGAGAUGGUUAAUUUUGGGUGCGAGCCAGAUGCUGCAGUUUAUACAUGUUUGAUCACCGGGUUUGGAAAUCAGAAGAGGAUGGACGUGGUUUAUGACUUGCUGAAGGAGAUGAAAGAAAAGGGCUGUCCCCCUGAUGGACGGACGUACAAUGCUCUUAUUAAGUUGAUGGCCAGUCGAAAAAUGCCAGAUGAUGCUGGGAGAAUAUACAAGAAGAUGAUUCAGAGCGGUAUCGAACCUACAAUUCAUACUUAUAACAUGAUCAUGAAAUCCUAUUUUCAGACGAGGAACUAUGAAAUGGGUCGAGCAGUUUGGGACGAGAUGAAUCGAAGGGGUUUUUGCCCUGAUGAUAAUUCUUAUACUGUAUUAAUUGGCGCACUCAUAAAUCAAGGAAGAUCGGGAGAUGCUUGCAAGUACUUGGAGGAGAUGAUAGAAAAAGGAAUGAAAGCUCCUCAGCUCGACUACAAUAAGUUUGGGUCUGAUUUAUCGAGAGGUGGUAAUCCUGUUAUACUCGAGGAGCUGGCCGAAAAGUUGAAGUUGGCUGGAAAAUAUGUAGUCUCUGAUGUUCUUGCAAGUUGGGCUGAGAUGAUGAAGAAAAGAGUUAAGGGAAGAGAUUUAGCUUAAUAUGGUGGAGUAGGUCUGCUAAGCAUGAACGAUAGUCUGUCAAAAGAUUCUCACUGGAUUUUCUUAUCCACAUGAGCAAUAGAAGGCAUAACCAAGAUUAAAACUUGAUAUUUUAGCUAAGUCGGAGUUGGUUGAUUGUAAUGGUUUUAAUCUUAGUUGCCGGCCAAUCUUUACACUCAACUCGAGAUCUGGGUGUGGAUGUUAUGGUGUGGCUAUGAACGUGAAAAGAAAGGGAGAAAGGUAGAGGAUGGGAGAUGUUUAUAUGAGAGAGUUCUUGUGCGGCUGGAAAUAUGAAAAUGAAGAUUAAAUUUGGUAAUUCGGUGCCGAUUAAUUCAAAAAUUUAACCGAAAUUUUAAAACAUUAUAACCAAAACUGAACAUAAAUAAACGAAAGCCGGACCAAAUAAAAACUUCAAUUUGGUUCUGUCGGUUAAUCCGGCUAUACUCGGACUGUUUCCAGUUGCUAAUGGAAGUUCAAAAUGGUUACAGUUGUACACCAGGUUAUAUUAGUUCAAAAUGGUUGAAGUUCAAGAAAUUCAUUGUGGUUUCGAUCAAUA